UCCCUGCUUAUAGUCCUUAUAUAUUCCUGGCGUAUUAAUAUCAACAUACAAAAGUCUAGUGCUCUUGAAGAUGUUUACUAUGGUGUACAAAUUGCUUAUUUUGCCAUAAUCGGUACACAAAUGUCGAUGAUUGUUUUAAGUAUCAUGUUACUAUUUGGUAUAGUUAAGGAAAACCCUGGUUUAAUAGUUCCUUGGAUUAUUGGUUAUAUUACUUUUAUGGCUUUGGAAGCAGUGGCUAUGGUUUACUCUAACGUGUUGCGUGAUCACGUAAAUAAGCAAUUCGAUGCAAUGUGCAAAGCGGAAGUGGCCUUUUUUAUAGCACGAGCUUUCAUAAAUGUGCUCUCCAUGUGGGGUGUAUUACGUUUCUAUAAUUUGGUACGUUCCGGCAUAACAUGGCGCGGUCCAGAGGCUAAAACCACACUAACAACAGCUACCAACAAUACACUGGCGAAAUCCUACAAUGAAUGUCAACAUCAUCAUCAUCACCAUCAACAACAUCACCAGCACCUAAACCAGCAACAACACUACAAACAACACUAUCAAAACUCACGCGCCCGACGUCAUAGUUCCGCAACACAUAACAAAACCACGAUAGGUUGUUGUGCCUUCUUUGAUAUCGAUGAUUAUGAUUAUGACUUUGAAAAUGAUGAAGACUAUGAUUAUGAGGGUGACGAUUAUGAUUGUGAGGGUUACUAUGACGAUGCUGAUGAUUACUAUGAUGAUGAAGGCGAGAGUAGUGAUUGCUCUAUGUUGGGUGCCUCACCCAAUCGUCAUAAGCGCAGCGAACGUUCUCAUCGUGUACGCAAUAAUAAUAUACGCUCGGUUCUGGUCAAUAAACGCCAUAAUAAAUAUAAAAUUGCUCAUCCCCAAACUAAACUGGAGGUUAUAAACGAAUCGGAACGCAGUGCCGGCAGUGGCAGUGAUGAAAAUGACUCUUUACUGGUAGCCUAUAAUAGUUCAUCGUCGUUGGCGUCCGUUUGACAUUGGCCGGGUUGCAUUGGAAAUGCAAGAUUUAAAACGGAAUCAAAAGUCUCCGUCUACGACGCUGCCGUCGUCGACGAGUUAUAUGAUGCUAGCCAGCACAUCUGCGAAAGCAGCCAUGAGGACAACGCUGCUAAAUUGCAAGAGCAGCAAUAUUUGUCAAACUCAUUUAAUAACUGGCAACAGUCACAAUGUCAACGUCGACGUCCAUUGCGACGCCUCUACUGCUGUGUAAAUGCCUUAAUAAUGGCUGUCUUAGUAACUGUUGAAAUUUACGCACAAAUUGUGAUUUUUCUGUAAAAAUCCUACAGAAAGCUAAAAAAAAUCAAAAUAUCCAACCAAACCAAACCAAAAAAACAAAAACCAUUCCAAAAUUCGUAACCACUAAUAUAAUGAAUAGAGCUUCCGCUUGUUAACAGCUAAAUUACGACAAAAACAAAUAUUGUAAUAGAAAAAACAAAAACAUUUUUUCAAACAAAAGGAAAACCAGGAAAAUUAAAAACCAAAUGUAACCCAUAAAUAAAAUUGUGUAUAUUUAUAAAGCAGGCUUUUCUAACCGCCUCCCUUCCCCCUUUUUCCGUAUCUGAAAAUAUAUUUUUUUAAUUAAAGUCUUUUAUAACAGUUUUCAGUGGUUUAUACAUCCAGCAACUUUUAUACUUCUUGUUUAUGUGAUGUUAAAAAUAAUGAAAAUUAUCCAAAAAUCUUUUCAAAUUGAUUUUGUGAUUUGAAAUUUUAUAGAUUUACCACUACUUGCCAACUAAUUAUGAAAAUGUGUCAAAAACAAAUAUUUCAAAUAUAAGCGCGUUUAAAAUACAAAUUUAAAAAUAUAAACCAGUGGUUAUAAUGUUCUGUAAAAUACAUAUUACUCAUACGUUGGCUUUUGAACACACAAACUUUGUGUAUUCUUUUUUCGUCUUUAAUAUCUUCUCAUCUAAAGUGAGCUAAACAUUAAUCUAUUAAAUUAAUAUAUUCCUUACAUCAACUCAAAUUUUCACUGAAUUAAAACACAAUUCCUUAUUAAAACCUUGUUUUCGUAAAUGAGAAACAUUUCUAUUUUUGCAAUAAUAAUUGUUUUAAUAUUCAUGCGACCUCAUCAAUUAUUCAAGGGAUGCAACAGAAAAAAGGGGGAGACAUACCAGUUAAUGUACAAUAUAACAAUGUUAACAUUUGAAAAAGAAAUUAAAAACAAGUAUGAGUUUAAUAUUCGCCUUUGCCGAAUCUGACUAUCCUUCACCAUAGUAAGUUUAAUUUUUAUAUAUAGUUCAGCUCUAUUUCUAGUUCAGUUCUAGUUCAGUUCUAGUUCAGUCCUAGUUCAGUUCUAGUUCAGUUUUAGUUCAGUUCUAGUUCAGUUCUA